AGACGGCUGCCUUGAUGCUCCAGCUAUACCUCCCGUUGUCUCAUCGUUGCUCUACGGUGUGACCGGCAGCCUUGCUGCUCCACCUUCACCACCGCUAACUUCUUCAAUUUCAAAAAGAAGAAAGAAGAAAAUUGGGGUCCCUAACUUGGAGUCAUCACAUCUGUAGAGAUAUGAGACUAGAUCUUGCCCAACUAUGGUAAACAGUCGAUCUUCCGCAACUGAUGGCAAUCCUAAUGUCGGCAACACCCUAGCACAACAGAGUGAUACCUUGGCCGCCAUCGCAGCCCGACUAGACAUUCUAGACGAGUUACAAGUCAAAGUAGCAGCUCUAGAAGUCCACAACCGCAAUCCAACAACAAAGAAGAAGAAGAUCUAUGCCGACAAUUUUGAGGAGGAAUCAGAAUCUUAUUCGCGACGACACUUCUGGCCUCCGUAUGCAAAAAUUGAGUUUCCCCAGUUCUCAGGAGGUGACCCGCGUGAUUGGAUUUUGAAUGCAGAGAAAUAUUUUUGGCAUUACGAAACACUGGAUGAAGAAAAGAUGGACAUAGUAUCUUGAAGGAGAUGCAUUGGACAUGUUUUCUUGGGCUUUAUUGGAAUGUACGGUGUUGUACUGGGAGAAAUUGGUCAUGAUAUUGCAAGAACAAUAUAGACCUCCUGAAUACCAAAAUCCAGAUGAGUACCUCGUAGGUGUUCAAGAGGUGAGAACUGUCCAAGAAUAUCGUGUGGAAUGGGCGCGACAAGUAGCAAGGGUGAAAAACUGGCCCGAUCACUGCCUGUUCAGGAUUUUCCUAAACGGAUUGAAGGAGAAAUUGCGCUCUUAGGUGAGAACACACAAACCUCAGAGUGUCUAUCGUGCGACAACUUUGGCCCUAGAGAUGGAGAAAAAGCUGCAGGGUACCAAAAGUACCUGACCUUGUUCAACUGCAAGUUCACCCUGGGCCACUUACAGCACCAACUCGAGCAGGAAUCAAUCUGUACCUGAUUCGAGUUCCUUGGCAAACACCCUCGACUUUGCACAAUCCUACGUCACAAAACCCAGGCAGCCUCUGUCAUUCUUUUUCGCGCUAAUUCGUGGGGUACUACUCGGUAAGAACGACGAAACAAAGGGCUUUGUUUCCC